AUGAACUCAACGUUAAGCGAUGUGUUUAGAUCGCAUCCCAUUCACAUCCCACUCUCAACCUUACCCGACUUCACAUCCCUCCGUCACCUCCCGGAUUCUUACACGUGGACACCUAAAGACGAUCUCCUCUUCUCCGCCGCCUCUGCCUCCGACCAAUCCCUACCGUCCAUCGACCUGGCCGAUCCCCAAGUGGCCACUCGUGUGGGCCACGCCUGUGCCACAUGGGGUGCGUUCCAGAUCACAAACCACGGCGUGCCAUCACGACUUCUGGACGACAUUGAGUUCCUCACCGGAAGCCUUUUCCGGCUUCCGGUCCACCAGAAACUCAAGGUGGCUCGGUCGGAGAAUGGCGUCUCCGGCUACGGUGUUGCUCGUAUUGCUUCUUUCUUUAAUAAGCAAAUGUGGUCAGAAGGUUUCACCGUUAUUGGCUCCCCAUUUGACGAUUUCCGUAAACUCUGGCCCAACCAUCACCUCAAAUAUUGUGAGAUUAUCAAAGAGUACGAAGAACACAUGCAAAAGUUGGCAGCGAAGUUGAUGUGGUUGGCAUUAGGUUCACUUGGAGUCGAAGAGAAACACAAUAAAUGGGCCGGGCCUAGCUCGGAUUUUCAAGGGGCCCAAGCAGCUAUCCAACUAAACCAUUAUCCAAUAUGCCCCGAACCAGACCGAGCCAUGGGUCUCGCGGCUCAUACCGACUCGACCCUCUUGACCAUACUGUACCAGAACAACACCGCCGGUCUCCAGGUUUUCCGGGAUGACUUAGGCUGGGUCACAGUCCCACCUGUACCUGGUUCACUCGUGGUCAAUGUCGGUGACUUGCUCCACAUUUUGACCAAUGGGAUAUUUCCAAGCGUGCUUCACCGAGCCAGGGUUAACCACGUCAGGUCUCGGCUCUCGAUGGCUUACCUGUGGGGGCCACCUUCGGAUCUGAUGAUCUCACCACUUCCCAAACUCGUUGAUCCUCUCCAGUCGCCCCUUUACCCAUCUCUCACUUGGAAACAGUACCUUGCAACCAAAGCUACUCAUUUUAAUCAGUCUCUUUCUUUUAUUAGAAACUAUGAUCUGUCUUCAGACCAACUCUCUUGA